AUGCCUUCUGAGAGCUCUUCAGAUACUAAAGCCCAAAAUGGCCAAGAUGAUCACAAGGGCGGGCCUACUGUCGAGGCUCAUACGACAGAUUUAGAGUCGGACAAAGGGGUAGAUGAGAUGCGAAAACCCGGGGAGACAACCGAAUUACCCCCAGUGGAAGCCUUUAAAUGGAAUGUCGAUGGGGAUCAAUCACCGUUCCCUGAAGUGGCCGCCUGCGUGUCUAACACGGAUGAUCCAACCAUGCUCUGCAACACUGUUCGAGCAUGGAUCCUCAUGACAAUUUUUGUCGUUUUAUUUUCGGGUGUUAACCAAUUCUUCGGCCUGCGAUACCCUUCUCUCACUAUCGGCUAUGUCGUAGCCCAACUGCUCGUUUUCCCUAUCGGUCGGGCAUGGGAAAAGCUUCCCCGUUGGAGGGUACCGUUGGGAAAGCUAUCAUUCGAUUUCAAUCCAGGAAAGUUCACCGUCAAGGAGCAUGCCUUUAUUGUCAUUUGUGUCAAUAUCAGCGCUUCUACACCUUAUGCACAAGGAUCACUAGUGGCAAUUAUCCACCCUCAGUACUGGGGCCGUGACUUCGGAGCAGGCUUCUCUUUUCUGUACCUUCUGACCACCCAAAUGAUCGGCUUCGGCCUGGCCGGUCUUGCUCGCCGGUGGAUUGUCUACCCAGCCGCCCUCAUCUGGCCCACAUCUCUUUCCUCCACCGUUCUCUUUCGCGCUCUUCACGAGCGUGAAGAUCAUUCUCCUGCAAAUGGGUGGACAAUUACUCGAUACCGCUUCUUCGCUUAUUUUUCAAUUUUUGGUUUCGUGCUGUUCUGGUUUCCCGAUUAUAUAUGGACCAGUCUCAGUAGUUUUGCGUUUAUCACAUGGAUUGUGCCUUACAACCAGGUGGUCAACACAUUGUUCGGAAUGAACUCGGGCUUAGGGCUUCUGCCCAUUAGCCUCGACUGGACCGAGAUAAACUACGCCGGCUUUCCACUGACCACCCCUUUCUACAUCACCUGUAAUGCCUUCGCAACGAUUGUAUUAUUCUAUUUCUUCCUUUCACCGAUCCUGUACUAUACCAAUGUCUGGAAUAGUGCUUACCUACCGCUCCUAUCGUCGAACACGUUUGACAACACCGGCCAGUCCUAUAACAUCACACGAGUGGUGGAUGCGAAUUUAAACUUCGUCGAAAGCAAAUAUCAAGCCUACUCUCCGAUGUACAUCUCAGUGGGGUACGCACUUACUUACGGCCUGGGCUUUGCAGCAGUGACAGCCGUGAUUGUGCAUACCUAUCUCUACAACGGUCGCGAAAUCUGGGCCAAAUUCAAAAACGCCCGUGCCGGUGGCGAGGACAUUCAUCGUCGACUAAUGCAUGCCUACAAUGACGUCCCGGACUGGUGGUACGGAAUAUUGACCGUUAUUGUGCUGGGAUUGGGUGUUCUCACCGUGCGAUACUGGGACACCGAGUUGCCCGUCUGGGGAUUCCUCGUCGUCUGCUUUGGCAUGGGCCUUGUUUUGAUCCUGCCAGAAGGAAUCUUACAAGGAACAACUAAUCAGCGUGUCUUCCUGAAUAUUAUCACGGAGCUCAUUGCGGGAUACGCAUACCCUGGCAGCGCGAUCGCCAACACCAUGGUCAAGUGUUAUGGGUAUAACUCAAUAAAGCACGCCAUGGACUUUGCCCAAGACCUCAAGAUGGGACAGUAUAUGAAAAUCCCGCCUCGUGCGCUCUUCGCCGGCCAAAUAUAUGCAUCCAUUAUCGCAACCAUGACUCAAACGGGAGUUUUACGCUGGAUGCUUGGCCAUAUAUCCCGGCUCUGUGACCCCAAGAAUCCGAAUCGCUUUACCUGCAACGGCUCCAAGGUGAUGUACAAUGCAUCCAUCAUCUGGGGAACAGUCGGUCCCCAAAGAAUGUUUCAACAAGGACAAGUCUACAACGGCCUCAUGUACUUUUUCUUAAUCGGGCCGGUUGUCACCGUCAUCGUUUACUUACUUUAUCGGCGAUAUCCUAAUAGCUGGCUGAAGUACGUGAACGUACCAAUCUUCUUUAAUGCCGCCGGCAAUAUCCCACCUGCGACUACGACGCAAUACUCCCUCUGGUUCAUUGUCGGCUUCAUUUUCAAUUUCUGGAUCCGUCGACGUGCCUUCCAGUGGUGGAAGCGAUACAAUUACCUCCUCCAAGCUGCGAUGGAUACGGGCACUGCCCUGGCUACCAUCCUCAUUUUCUUCGCACUUAGCUAUACCGGUACCAAGCUUAGCUGGUGGGGCAAUAACGUUGGGUCUAAUACUUAUGAUACGCAGUCCGUUCCUUACCUGAAGGUCUCUGAGGGAGGCCAUUUUGGUCCGGGGCCUGGGGAGUUUAAGUAG